AUGAGCAGCAACCUCCUCCAAUCGCAUGCUCGUCGGACGCCGGGCCACAUCGGCCCCAUCACGCCCGCUCACGUGGCCUCCACGAUUUCGCGCCUGCAACCCCACUGGCGCCAACACCGCGCUCCCUGGGAUCACUCUCUUAUUCCCCACCGUCCCCCUACGCGCUUCCUCACAGCCUCAACUCCCCAGUCCCCUCGCAAUCACUCCCCUUCCCCCGUCGCUGUCUCUCCCCUACCCCCUCGCGAGCGUCCCCGUUUUCCCCCAUGCGCGCCGGCCCCCGCCCCCUCGCGAUCACUCUCCUUCCCCGUCUCCAUCCCUCCCUUUCCCCACGCUAACACUCCCCUAGCGUGUCGCGUUCACUUUCCCCCUCCUCCCAACCACUCCCCUUCCACGUCGCGCUCACCCCUUUCAAAGGGCUAUCAAUGCCCUGCCCCAUCGAUAACUCCCCCUUUCCCCACUGCAAGCACUCCCCUCCCCUGUCCCUAUCACUCCCCUGCCCCUCACGCGACCAUUCCCCAUUCCCCGUCACGAUCACCCCCUCUCGCUGACACGUUCUCGCCCCUUCCCCCUCGCUCGCGUGCACGUUCCCCCCACCUGUGCGCCCUCCCCUUCCCACGUCACCAGCACGCCCCUUCCUCGUCAUACUCUCUCCUUUUCCCCCUCCACGCGAGUGCCGCCCUCCCCUUCCCCUCCGCAAACACUAUCCCGCUCCUUCGCUAUCGCUUCCUUCCCCCCUCGAUAGCUCCCCCUGCCCCCGCCGCUAGCUCUCUCCUCCCCCACUGCUAUCACUCCCCUUCCACGCCCACCGCUAGCCAUCUCCCUCCCCACUGCUAUCUCUCCGUCCCCGUCCAUCUCACUCCCCUUCCCCCACGCGGCCAUUCCCCCUCCCCCGUCACGAUCACCCCCGCACGAUGUCGCGUUCUCUCCCCUACCCCCUCGCUUGCAGGCACGUUACCCCCACCUGUGCCACCGCCCCUUCCCUCGUUGAUAUCACUCCCCUUCACAUCCGCAUUCUCACCCCUGCCCCCUCCACACUCGUGGAGCCCCGAACCCCCCCCCCCCCACCCCCGCCAUCCACUGCUCGUCGCCUUCGCCUUCCCUCCCGCCUCCCUUCCCAAUAGCUUCCCCCCAUCCGGUUUUCUGCUUCCCCCUCUCCCCUUCCCUCCUUCUCCAUGUCCCCCCAUCCUCUUCAUUCUUUCCCCUUAUCCCAAUCCCUGCUUCCCCCCAUCCGGUUCUCUCCAUCCCCCCCUCUCCUUCCCUGCUUCCCCAUCUCUGCUUCCCCCCAUCCGGUUUUCUGCAUCCCCCCCUCCCCUGUCCUGCUUCCCCCCAUCCCCUGCCCUGCUUCCCCCCAUCCCCUGCCCUGCUUCCCCCCAUCCCCUUCCCUGCUUCCCCCCAUCAGAUUCCCGCCUCGCCCCCAUCCCCCUCCCUGCUCCCCCUCAUCCCCCUCCCUGCUUCCCCCCAUCCCCUGCCCUGCUACCCCCCAUCCCCUUCCCUGCUUCCCCCCAUGUCCCCUGCGCUGCUACCCCCCCAUCCCCUGCCCUGCUUCCCCCCCUCCCCUUCUCUGCUUCCCCCCAUCCCCUUUCCUGCUUCCCCCCAUCCCAUGCCCUGCUUCCCCCCAUGUCCCCUGCGCUGCUUCCCCCCAUCCCCUGCCCUGCUUCCCCCCCUCCCCUUGCCUGCUUCCCCCCAUCCCCUUGCCUGCUUCCCCCCAUCCCCUUCCCUGCUUCCCCCCAUCAGAUUCCCGCCUCGCCCCCAUCCCCCUCCCUGCUCCCCCUCAUCCCCCUCCCUGCUUCCCCCCAUCCCCUGCCCUGCUUCCCCCCAUGUCCCCUGCGCUGCUUCCCCUCAUCCCCUGCCCUGCUCCCCCCCCUCCCCUUGCCUGCUUCCCCCCAUCCCCUUCCCUGCUUCCCCCCAUCAGAUUCCCGCCUCGGCCCCAUCCCCCUCCCUGCUCCCCCUCAUCCCCCUGCCGUGCUUCCCCCCCUCCCCUUCCCUGCUUCCCGCCAUCUCCUUCCCGGCUUCCCCCCCUCCCCUUCCCUGCUUCCCCCCAUCCCCUUACCACCUUCCCCUUGUCCCCUGCCCUGCUUCCCCCCCUCCCCUGCCCUGCUUCCCCUCCUCCCCUUCCCUGCUUCCCCCCAUCCCCUUUCAUGCUUCCCCCCAUCCCCUGCCCUGCUUCCCCCCCUCCCCUUGCCUACUUCCCCCCAUCCCCUUCCCUGCUUCCCCCCAUCAGAUUCCCGCCUCGCCCCCAUCCCCCUCCUUGCUCCCCCUCAUCCCCCUCCCUGCUUCCCCUCAUCCCCCUCCCUGCUUCCCCCCAUCCCCUGCCCUGCUACCCCCCAUCCCCUUCCCUGUUUCCCCCCAUGUCCUCUGCGCUGCUCCCCCCCAUCCCCUGCCCUGCUUCCCCCCCUCCCCUUCUCUGCUUCCCCCCAUCCCCUUUCCUGCUUCCCCCCAUCCCCUGCCCUGCUUCCCCAGAGAUGA